ACAAAACGGAGCGGCUCUUGUUUUCUGCAUUUGCUAAACUUCUCAGUUCAGUAGGGUUUUCCUUCUUUCUGGAUCACGCCGAAAGCAACAAACAGCUUCUUUGCGGCUUCAUCUGGUUUCGUUGGGAGGAGAGUUCCGACGAUGGAUACGUACGCUCUGCAUCUGGCGAUGGCGGCUCUCGUAGGUGCUUCCUUUGUGGCCGUGUCGGCCUAUUAUAUGCACAGGAAAACCCUAAAUCAGCUGCUGGAAUUUGCCAAGACAGUGGAGAGGGAGAGGGAGAGGGAGAGGGAGUGGGAGGAGAAUUUCGAGGGCGAGUCGCCGCAGCACUCCAAGCGACGCCGUGGUCACCACGCUCGCCGGAAGGGGAACGGCUAUAAUCGGCGAUACUCGGCUUCUCUGCCGGAUGUUACUUCGAUUUCCGGUGGAGCUGACGGAGAGGAGAAGCGCAAUGGUCCGGUUCAUGUGGACGGGAUUCCGGCCGGGUUGCCAAGGCUUCAUACCCUGCGUGAAGGAAAGUCUGGCGGGCAUGGUUCAACUAAGAGAGUUGGAAGCCUUAUCCACCCAACCUCUCCCAAGUCGCCUGUUGCUAGUGCUAGCGCCUUUGAGAGCAGAGAAGAAUCAGAUGAGGAAGAUAAUAUAACAGACAAUUCUAAGCUAGAUAGUUCAUAUCUGCAUGUUAAUGGAAAUGCUGGUCCAAAUUUGCCAGACAACAUUAAUGCCAAUGGAGAACAGUUACCUGUAGCUGCUUCAAACAUGAUUCGAUCCCAUAGUAUAUCUGGUGACCUGCAUGGUGUUCAGCCUGAUCCUAUUGCAGCUGAUAUCCUAAGGAAAGAGCCUGAGCAGGAAAUAUUCGCACGGCUACAAAUUACUCCUACUGAGGUGCCUUCACCAGAUGAAGUUGAGGCCUAUGCGCUUUUGCAAGAAUGUCUUGAGAUGCGAAAAAGAUAUGUAUUCAGAGAGGCAGUUGCUCCAUGGGAAAAAGAAGUUAUUUCAGACCCCAGUACACCAAGGCCUAAUCCUGCACCAUUUUUUUAUGCUCCUGAGGGAAAAUCUGAUCAUUAUUUUGAGAUGAAAGAUGGUGUUAUUCAUGUCUAUCCAAGCAAAGAAUCAAAAGAAGAGCUUUUUCCUGUUGCUGAUGCAACAACCUUUUUCACUGAUUUGCAUCAUAUACUUCGGAUUAUUGCAUUAGGGAAUAUGAGAACUUUGUGUCAUCAUCGGCUAAAUCUUCUUGAACAAAAAUUCAAUCUCCAUUUGAUGCUCAAUUCGGAUAGAGAAUUUCUUGCUCAGAAAAGUGCACCGCAUCGAGACUUCUAUAAUGUCAGGAAAGUUGAUACUCAUGUUCAUCACUCUGCAUGUAUGAACCAGAAACAUCUUUUAAGGUUUAUAAAGUCAAAGUUGGGAAAGGAGCCUGAUGAGGUUGUUAUAUUUCGAGAUGGAACUUAUUUGACACUCAAAGAAGUUUUUGAGAGCUUGGAUUUGACUGGGAAUGACUUGAAUGUUGACCUUCUGGAUGUUCAUGCAGACAAGAGCACCUUUCAUCGCUUUGAUAAGUUCAAUCUCAAGUAUAACCCUUGUGGUCAAAGUAGGCUAAGGGAGAUUUUCCUAAAGCAGGACAAUCUUAUCCAAGGUCGUUUUCUUGCUGAACUCACAAAGCAAGUUUUUAAUGAUCUUGCUGGCAGUAAAUAUCAGAUGGCUGAAUACAGAUUAUCAAUGUACGGUAGGAAGCAAAGUGAGUGGGACCAACUAGCUUCUUGGAUAGUGAAUAAUGAAUUGUACAGCGAGAAUGUUGUUUGGUUAAUUCAGAUACCUCGACUGUAUAAUGUAUACAAGGAAAUGGGGAUUGUGACAUCCUUCCAGAACAUGCUUGACAAUAUCUUUAUUCCUCUGUUUGAGGUUACCGUGGAUCCAGAUUCACAUCCUCAUUUGCAUGUUUUUCUGAAGCAGGUUGUUGGAUUGGAUUUGGUGGAUGAUGAAAGCAAGCCUGAAAGACGCCCAACAAAACACAUGCCCACACCGGCACAAUGGACCAAUGUGUUUAACCCUGCAUAUUCAUAUUAUGUCUAUUACUGCUAUGCUAACCUCUACAUAUUGAACAAGCUUCGUGAGUUGAAGGGCAUGACAACCAUCAAAUUUCGGCCGCACUCUGGAGAGGCUGGCGACAUUGAUCACCUUGCAGCAACAUUUCUAACAGCUCAUAAUAUUGCACAUGGAAUUAAUUUGAAAAAAUCUCCUGUACUCCAAUAUUUGUAUUACUUGGCACAGAUUGGUCUGGCUAUGUCUCCUUUGAGCAACAAUUCCUUAUUUUUGGACUAUCAUCGGAACCCAUUUCCAGUGUUUUUCCUGCGUGGACUUAAUGUUUCUCUUUCUACGGAUGAUCCCCUUCAAAUCCACUUAACGAAAGAACCUCUGGUGGAAGAAUAUAGCAUAGCUGCCUCUGUCUGGAAGUUGAGUGCAUGUGAUCUAUGUGAGAUUGCCCGCAAUUCAGUCUACCAGUCAGGCUUCUCACAUGCUUUAAAGUCUCACUGGAUUGGGAAAGAGUACUACAAGAGAGGACCUGAUGGAAAUGACAUACACAAAACAAAUGUGCCUCAUAUCCGGCUGGAAUUCCGCGACACGGUAUGGGGUUGUCUACAAACCGUGGUGACUAUUAAGGACCCAACUGUUACCAUUUUGCAGAUCUGGCGAGAAGAAAUGCAGCAGGUUUAUCGGGGAGAGCCUAUUAUUCCCAAAGAAGUGGACAAGUAAAUGUAUAAGCACCUACCUGCCCCAGUCUUGAUAAUCAUGCAUACAUUUUAGGGGGUACCCAUCAGGUUCCCUUGAUUUCUUUUUUUCUCAAUUUUCAGGAGGUUUCUUAUUGAAAGAAACUUGAUUGGAUCUGCUGGGUUUCUCUUUUUGAUUGCAAAGGUUAGGAACCUACCCUCCAUGCAUCGUGCAAGAAAAUUAUGAAAACCAAGAAUCCAUUACAUUUAUAAUUGAAGGAUCCUGCGGCUGAUAAAUUUAGUGAUUGUUGGAGAGAUGCAGUCGGAGAGCACCCGGAUUGAGCUUGAUUAUCAAAAUACAAGCCUAUAGCAAUGAUGUACCGAUCUACUUGUUGGACAAACAAACAGUAUGAAGUAAUAAUCAAUGUGAUAUCCAUUGUAUUAGUUCGAGCACUAGGUUAGGAACAUUUAUUUAUCACAUACUGUUCCGGUUGAUAUUAUAAGAUAUAUUAUACUUGUGGCAAGAUGGCGGAGACGCUCCCUUGCUUUAUAAAAUUUUGCCCCGAUUAUACAGAUGUUGGUCUUGAGAACAUUACAAUCGCAUUUUGAAAUUCUCUAGUUUACUUUUUCUUUAAUGCUUUAUGUUAUAUUUGGUAUGGUUGUGUUAGAUUUUAAUUUUGGUCUUUAUAAAUUUUAUAGCUUUAA